AUGCCCAGCCCACCCAUCUCACCCACCACCUCCCUAUCGCCGUCCGGCAAAAUGGCCAGCCUGGCAAGCAUCCUCCACCACGGAAGCACGCCAAUCACGACGCAAUCCACGUCCUCCAAAUCCACCCCGGCCCCAUCAUCCUCGUCCGCCUUCCGGCAAGCAACAUCGCCGCCGCCGCCGCCUCACCACCACCAUUCGUACGGCCAGCAGCAGCCACGAUCCCAGGCCACAUCGCCUCCCCCGGGCUUCCACGGCGCCAGCGCCAACAACAGCUUCAUCACCCCGCUCUCACCCACCACCAUCGCCUCGGCCGGCUACCGCGUAGCGCCCCCCGUCCAGGAGGACCUCCCCUUCUACCACCAGCUCGAGCAGGUCCAGCGCGUCCGCGAGGGCAAGUUCGGCGCCGGCGCCGCCUCCGCCCCGUCGCCCCUGCCGCCGCACGAUUUUUCCAACUCUUCCUCCUCCUCCUCCGCCGCCGGCGCCGUCGCCACCGCGGCGGCGGCUGCGUACGCGUAUUCCGGCGAUGCCUCGGCGGCGUCCGGCAAGAACGGAUUCCUGCCCAUCACGACGUUCGAACGGCAAAUCGCCGAGGUGGAGGAGGCGAAGGAGGUGUUGAAGAAGGCGGGGGCGUUGCAUGCUGGCGCCGCUAACGGUCCCAGCGCAAGCGCGGCUGCCGCGUGGGGUAGCGGGCCGCCGCCGCCCCCGCAGCAGCAUCAGCAUCAGCAGCGGGGUGGAAGCAUUGCUGCGAGCGCUUUUCGUGGUUCGAUUGGGAGCGGCGGCGGGCAGAGGGGUGACGACGGGCAGGUCAAGGUGCAGGUGCAGCCGGACGGGAAGGGGUUAAUGAGGGUUAUGGGAGCGGCGGAGGAGGCGGAUAGAGACGAGGGUGUGAGGGGGGUGUGA